CUUAAAGUCUUACCUACAUUUGUUCACAAAUCUACAUAGUUAGAGGGCCCGCCCUGGCGUCGCCUGCGCUUCCUUGUUUCCCUCAACCACAAAAAUUCACCCAACUUUUCUUCUUCUUGAUCCACGAUACGAUCUUCAACCCACUCAAGAAUUAACUCCACAGAAGAAAGACCGUAUCUUAGAUCGCUCAUCAUCCUCGAGCCAAAAUGAGUGACGCUCAGGCUACCGAGGCCGAGAAGAAUAUCGAGAUAUGGAAGGUGAAGAAGCUGAUCAAGCGUCUUGAGGCAGCUCGAGGAAAUGGCACAAGCAUGAUUUCCUUGAUCAUUCCUCCUAAGGAUCAGAUCUCACGCGCAGCCAAGAUGUUGGCUGAAGAAUACGGAACGGCAUCCAACAUCAAGUCUCGUGUCAACCGACAGUCCGUGCUCUCCGCCAUCACCUCGACACAACAGCGACUUAAGCUUUACAACAAGGUACCUCCUAAUGGCCUCGUUGUAUACUGUGGUGAAAUCUUGACCUCCGAAGGAAAGGAGCGAAAGGUCAACAUCGACUUCGAGCCCUUCAAGCCCAUCAACACCUCCCUAUACCUUUGCGACAACAAGUUCCAUACCGAGGCCUUGGCCGAACUACUCGAGUCUGAUCAGAAGUUUGGUUUUAUUAUCAUGGAUGGAAACGGGGCUCUGUUCGGUACACUCAGCGGAAACACUCGUGACGUUAUUCACAAGUUCUCUGUUGAUCUACCCAAGAAGCACGGCCGUGGUGGACAGUCUGCCCUUCGUUUCGCUCGUCUACGAGAGGAAAAGCGUCACAACUACGUCCGCAAAGUUGCCGAGUUGGCCGUCCAGAACUUCAUCACCAACGACAAAGUCAACGUUGGUGGUAUCAUUCUUGCCGGUUCCGCCGACUUCAAGAACGAUCUUAAUGCCUCUGACAUGUUCGACAAUCGACUACAGAGCAAGGUCAUCAAGGUCGUGGAUGUGUCGUAUGGUGGCGAGAACGGUUUUAACCAGGCCAUCGAGUUGUCUUCAGAGACUCUAGGAAACGUCAAGUUUAUCCAGGAGAAGAAGCUCAUCGGCAAAUACUUUGAAGAAAUCAGCCAAGACACAGGCAAGGUCUGCUACGGUAUCGAGGAUACACUCAAGGCUCUGGAGCUUGGCGCAGUGGAAACCUUGAUCGUUUUCGAGAAUCUCGAGAUUACUCGAUGGGUCCUAAAAGAGAGCACCGGCUCAGAGAUUGUUCUACAUACCACUAAACAACAGGAGAUUGGCGAUCGGGCUAAGUUCAUGGAUAAGGGAACUGGACAAGAGAUGGAAGUAGUAUUGCAGGACUCGUUCCUCGAGUGGAUUGCAGAGCACUACAAAGAUUUCGGAACCAACCUCGAGUUCGUAUCGGAUAGAUCGACUGAAGGCAAUCAGUUCGUAAAGGGAUUCGGCGGUGUUGGCGGAAUUCUCCGCUACAAGGUGAACUUCGAGCAAUUAGCCGAAGUGGAUGACGACGAUGACUACUAUGACGAUUGACAGGUAUGCGCAUGAUGUCCCUUGGCAUAAAACUUGAAAUUUUCGUGUCCAAUCGUUCCUUUGAACAUACCGGCAAAAAAGUUAUAGGAUGAGAACAAAAGAAAGAAAAAAACAUAUCCCACAGUGAUGACCUUUUUCUUCUUCUUAUUCUUGAUAAUCUGGGUAGAUUUCUUGUUACUAACCUAGAUGCGUGUGUAGUUUGAGGAAUCCCUCGUAAUC